CUUGCAGAUGGUUGGUGCUCUUGCCCCUUACAUAUUUUAGCUUUUGCUCACAACAAGCAUACAUCUUUGCUGUUCCGUGCGUUGCCGAAGAGCGGGGUUUGGAUAGGAAUACUCUAUUUGGAAAGAGGCAAUAGUGGGGAAAAACUUCUGUAUGUACACUGAACAACGUGGAUGUCCUUAUGUGACUAAGGAGCUAAGCACUAAUAUCCAUAUCCGUGCAUGGCCUCUAAGGUCCGACGGUCCCGCCAGUCACUUCCAAGGCUUUGGCUGUUUGCCCCUGUCAUUGCACUCUCCGGUCCAUCAUCAGCAUGGUCAUUAUCGUCAUUGCUGUCCUCAUCACUAUGUUCCAGUUCCUUCUCACUCCACUUUUGUAGUAGAUUCGCUAGCUUCUUGGGCAUCGUCGUCUUUGAAGAAGAGCCUCCAGUCCCGAACAAGGUGGAAGAGCUGGACGUCAAUCCAGGUGUGCCAGCUGUCAAGGCGGAGGAUGAACCUAUGCUCUCAGACGUAAAUACAGAAGAUAUUGUUGAGUUUGGCGAUGUUGCCUGAUUGGUAUGUCCUUGUAUCAGGCUAGGUGAUGGACUCUCGAUGUAGCUGACUGGUUGUGACACAAAGUGUGGCCUACUGUUUCUGGACGAGACAGGUG